AGACGACAACCCGGAUCCUGACACGUCCACACUUAUUCGUAACCAGACUUGUUCAGACUGUCUUUGGUGUCGGUACUUUUUACUGUGAUUUGGACAACUUGAAAUUUACGAGACGAAGAUGCAUCUUUUCACCAAGAUCAUCGUGAUCAUCGCCCUCGUCACUGCAGUUGAUUGUACCUGCAAGUGGCAAGGCAAAACAUGCGAGGAUGGUACCCGGAUGGUGCACUGCCAUCCUGACCCCUGUGACGUGACGACCUGCCCAGGUGAUCCUGACGCUACAUGUGUGUCUGACAACUGUGGCGGCUGCCAUGCCAACUUCUACAUCAGGGAGGGCGUGACAGCUUGUUGUGAAGACUGUUGUGGAGGCUAUGCACACCCGUGUGACACCGGCCUUCCAUUCGCACUCCCGGACAUGUGCUUUUGCCAAUCAGGCCUGCUGUGUUACCCUAACCCUAACGACGUCACUAGGGGUGUGUGUAUGACCCAGGAGGAAGUGGAUGCCUUAGGAGGAAUGCCUCCAAUACGUGGUUAAAACUCAUGUAUAAGCAAGAAACCGAAGCUUAAACUGAAUUUCAUGAGUUUUUUUUGGGGGGGGGGAAUUUCUUGUUUAGAAUUCUCGCUGAUUGUUCCCAAGCAUAUUCCCACUGGCUCCCAUCACACAACAGACAUGCAUAUAGCAGGGAAUUGAACACAGGAAAUGAGAUAACCUUUGAUAACCUGUUCCAGGACCUUUUACCUUAAGUGCACUACAUGUGUGUAG